GGCUCACCUCCUGAUUGCGUGCGGCUUGCAUUCAACUGGUCCUCCAGCUAACGGCAAUAUGGCUGAGAACAAGGAAGAAGUUCGGUACUACCGGCUGGAGGAGUUGAAACAGCACAGUAGUGGCAACAGUACCUGGAUCCAUAUUCACGACAAAAUAUACGAUGUGACCAAGUUCCUGGAGGAGCAUCCUGGUGGUGAAGAAGUGCUGAAAGAGCAAGCAGGAGGUGAUGCAUCAGAAGCUUUUGAUGACGUUGGGCAUUCUACUGAUGCACAAGAGAUGACAAAAAAAUACUUCAUCGGAGAACUUCAUCCCGAUGAUAGAGGAGCUUUUGUGAAGCCACCGGAGCCUAAUAUUGUCGUAGUGGAGUCUGAAUACAGUUGGUGGUCCGGUUGGCUAAUUUCAGCAGCAGUCGGCUUGACUGUGGCUCUCCUAUACCGCUAUUUUGCAAUGGAUCACUGAACGUUCUGUGGAAGAGAUGAUGGAACUAUUUCAUGUCAAAUUGCAGUCUAGUACAAAUGAAUUCUAAAACAAAAUAAAUGUAACAAUUAUCUUACUUGCAUUGAAAGAACCUGGGUAGGAAUUCUCAUCCCUUGGUGUAAAAUGAGAGCGAAGCAUACCAAUUGUGCUGUGAGGUUUGCUUUGCCUAAGCUACACAUCUAUAGGAAACAGACUGUAGGUGCCCCAGCACCUAAAACAGUUACUAGGCCCUGUGUUGAUGACAGACUUGAUGCAUGUUGAAGAACCAUUUGAGAAAUUAGUUCCCUGUGAUCAAUUAUCUAGCUGUCGCUAGCUGCAAAUUGGUAUUUAAAAAGAUAUGAACAAAAUACUUCUCUGGUGUAAAAGUUGCCCCUCUGCCACCAUCCAACCUCCAGUGCCACUGUACUGGUAAUCUUGCACCAUUGUCUCACUACCUGUUCCCCACUCCAGCACUGCUCCAGGAACUUACUUGAGGGCCACUGCUGAUGACUCAAAGUUAAUUGAGCUGUUCUUGGGCAUAAAACAAAUGCUGCUACCCCUUCCUGAAGGUGUAGGAAAAGCCUGACUGGUUUGGAUUUGGGCAUGAAAUUGUUUAAGUGGAAGGACUUUGGGAUCCUGCUGAUUUAUAGAUGUGAAUUGGACUAGAAGCUUAUUCAUUUUUGGCAUUGAGUUGUUGUAUUGCUCCACUUGAGAGGCAGAAUAUUAUAUCCUUGUCGUAGAUAAUGCCCAGAUUCAUUUCCAUGCUUUUCAUGUCCAAAUAAUAUCAAAACAAUCCUUUGCAUUGGUUUAUGCUCUACACCUCAUCAAAUGUACUUUGUCCACUACAAUACAACUGUGAGGUUAAUAUUCAGGAAAUUGAAACAAGACAUGGCAGCUGAUUCUUGAACUUCCCAAGAAAUACUACUACAACUCUGCAUGACCAUUUUUCCAGAAGCCUCUUGCAUUUGGCAGCUGCACUGCGUUGGUCACCUUUCCAUGUUGUGUGGGCUGUUCUACCACUAGCAAAAAACGCCACGACGCUCCCAAAUCUCCAAGUUGGGGUAAUUCAUGUAACUUGGCUUCCUGCCUGUAUAGGAGCGAUCCACAUUCCCAGGCCUAGCCUGCGUAAGUUCUCCAGCAAUGGAGACUGUCUGCUGCCAUCUGCACCCACCUCUAAGUCUGCCAAACAUGCAGCUGAGAUAAACUGUGCCAAAAAAAUGUCGAAAGCAAAUGCAGAUUAUCUUGGACCCAAAAUGCUUGCUCAACAUGAAGUUGCUUUUUCUUUGUUAGUCAUAAAUAUUUGAUGUUUUACCCUUGUUAGUGAAUUACAGUGCAGUUGGGUUAGGACUCUGACUGUACAUGUGUGCUACCAGCAAUAGUGCUUGUGUCACUGUACAAUUGGAAAAUGAUUUUCUGAAGAUGCCAGUUUUUCCUUUGGUGUGAAGAGAACCGGCAAGUUUGUCAAUUGAUUUCCCAUCACUGUAUUUAAUUAAGCAAGGUGGCUUAGGUGCAACAAUCAUUUCUGUCCAAAUCUCAUCAUUGCUCCCAUCAGCAAGUUUCUUAGUGAAUUGUGAAGAUUUCUGAUGUGACUGACUGACUGACUAUGCAUUUUGUAUAAUGUGAAAAGAAGCCAUUUCAAAUGAGCUAAUACAAUGUUGUGUUUUAUUGCACCUGUUGGAAAAUAUACUUUUCAAUAUUGAAACAAUAUUUGAUUACUCAGUUACACAAAUGCAUAUAGAUAAAUUAUACAAUCAAAACUC